CCUUAUUCUUCCAUCAGUCGAGACCAUCAGUCUACGAAAGUAAGCCCUCUGUCUGAUUUGUCAGCGGUAAACUUCCUCAAACCAAGAUGGCGGUCUGCGUGGCCGUGAUAGGGAAGGAGAAUUAUCCGUUGUUUCUACGGACAGUCUCACCAGAAGAAGAGCUAAAAUUUCACUACACAGUCCAUACUUCGCUGGAUGUUGUUGAAGAGAAGGUAUCAUCACUCACUAAAAGCUCAAAUGAUCCUCGAGAGCUAUACCUUGGAUUGUUAUACCCCACAGAAGAUUAUAAAGUAUAUGGUUAUGUCACAAACUCUAAAAUCAAGUUUGUUGUUGUUGUUGAGUCAGCCAAUACUGCCUUAAGAGAUAACGAGAUAAGAACGAUGUUUCGAAGGCUUCAUGUAGCAUACACAGACAUGUUUUGCAAUCCUUUCUAUAACCCUGGAGAAAAUAUAACAUCACGGAAGUUUGAAGAUACAGUUGUAAAAAUGAUGAAACAAGAUUAAUCAGCAACAGGAUAAACUACUAGAUAUCACACAAAUCGGAGGCAACCUGAUCUUAAACCUCUACAAAUUACCAGAAAUAAAUUGAAAACCCAGUGUUGAGCCAAAAGGUUUCUGAUAUUGAAAUCAACACGCCAGAAAAAUGGGAAAUGUAAUCAUAUUGCCUGUCAAAAUAUACAACAUUUGUGAUUGUCAUUGUUUCUGUUGAAUUUAAACAAGGCUGUCUUUGACGUCAAGAGUCUUUCCCAGUGGUGAAAUUUAUGAACUGUAGAUAUUCAGUUCCAAAACAGGGUCAAAGAACAUGUGUUAGCAUUAUAGAUAACAACUUGUGGUGCUUUUGCUUUUACUUGGUCAAUAAGACUUGUAAAAGCGUCCAAUUACUUAGAUUUGUCUUGAAUUGACUCUGGUAUGCAAAAGCAGAAUGCAAAAUAUCUGGUAAGAGGCUAGGAUGUUAUGUUACAAGACCCCAGCUAGUUCCAGGCCUAGAAGAAGACCAAUACACCAUUUGCGAGUUACCUUGUGCCUCUGUUAUAAAACAAGCCCUUGUGCAAAACACUUCAUAUGAAGAGAAGUAUGAUUUGCACGAGCUCAAGCCUGUAGGCAGAACACAUAUUCACAUGGUUUCGUACGGACUCCUUUUGAUGCCGAGGCAAAAGGCAACUUGUGAACAGCCUAUCAGCUGGUGAACAUCUUCCUCUCAAGAAUAAAAGGAGCAAAAUAGUCAGCACAUUUUUUGUACUUGAGUAGAGACAGAGAAGAAACCCUGUUUAAAAAUGGCACCAAAAACAAGGUGAAGGGACUAGACUAACUACAAGCAGAUCCAAAGUACUGUUUUUUUCUCAUGGGUUUGUUAACUUGUGCUGUGGGUUGUUUUUAAUAUUGUGGCAGCCAUUUAUUGGCUGUGGCGGUAAGUCACAUCUGACUACAGAAGCAGGGGUUUCAAUAAAAGCCGGUUACCGGCGGUCUACCGCUGCCUGUAGGACCUCUUACCGCCGUCUGUUUGGAUUUCAUUAAUGAAAAUAAAAAUGAUAUUAAUAAAAAAAAGCAAAUACAACAACGACAACCACUGAGAUUGUUAAAUGCUACAAAAAAGCGGGCAAACUAACCUUUCCAAAGAAAUAGUGUACAUGUUGUUUGUAGUUGCCGAUCAAUGUUAUCACUGUUCAUCUCAGGAUACCCAAGACAUCUGAAUGUUUAAUAUGAUUUAAUUUUUAUUAUUUUACGAUUAUUGUAAACCUUAAUAAUGAACCGUAGGAGAAUCAAUGAAAAGUUGAAAAUGAGGUUUGAUUUUGUAAGAAUAUUAGUGGAAAGAAUUUUGUUGUAAAGUUUAUCUCAUUUCAUUUUUUUCUGAAGAGUUGAAAAUCAGUUUGUUGCCGUGUUGGUACAUUUGAAUGAGUAGCAGAGAAGUUGUUCUUGUUUUAAGAAAGGACUUCAAAGAAAUUACUGCCUAAGUGGAUAUCAAGUGUCACUGAGAGAUAUCUGCCUGGAAAGGUAUUCAAAAUGCACCUCUUUGCAUCAAAAAAUUAUUAGUUUGUCAAAAAAAAUCCCACUUUGUGGUCAAUAAAAAUACCCAUCAACAGCAAGCUUUUUGAUGCCCAGAACGCUGGAAAUCGCAUUUCCGAGCUUCCAGAUUUCAAAUUUUUCUGGGGGAGCAUACCACCAGACCCCCUAGGGAAAACGGGCCUUACGGCCCAUUUAGUGGUCACAGCCACCUAUUACACCUUCAGUGGCCACUUAUAACUAAUGUUAUUGAAACCCCUGCAGAAGGUACCUUCAGUGUUCCAAGGUGUUAAGGACUGAAUUUCUAAUAAAAUUCAAUCAAGCAACGUGCACAAGUGGUCAACUGAAGGGGUGCGUGGAAAAAAGCCCUGACUCUUGAUCUCAUGCCAAAUUCUCCUUUUUUGGUUGAAGGAAGCAGAAAGCAAUUUGCUACGAGAAUCUUGCAGUCUAUCAGAUGUCACUUGUCUCUUUUAAUGCAACCCUUCAAGAGUUCCAAAGAGAGAGGAGACUCUUAAAUAUAAAUUAUUUAUUUCUACAGGGUAGCCCAUUCAACUCAAAGGCUGGUAUCCAUAGGGGCCCUGUAUAUCAGGGCAUUGAUGUAUAUAGUUAUGAAGUAAUCAAGAAAAAUAAAGAGGUCCCAUUUGACCAG